UACCGCACACCGGAGACAACAACCGACAAGCCACACCGACCGACAGGUAGGUAGAGACUGACAGGAGCCCGGGGAGCGUCCUGAGAGAGACUUGGGGACAGAGCACCGAGCAGCGGAUCCACACCAAGAACCCAGUUCCCCUCCGCACGACACACACACCGGGACUCCACCGGAGAGGAUCCAUCGGGCAUCACCAGCCCCCCGUGUCCCGGUGCUGCUGACGGUUACUAUGCUCUCCCCCCGGUGAUCACAUCCCUCCGCAGCCCUCAGGAGGAGGGUGGUCUCAGGUCCGGUUCUGGAGGCCCGUCCUCUGAUGUGAACCCGCAGCACCAUGCAGGCGGUCCCGCUGCAGUACGACUUCUUCAGCGAGGAGAACAGCCCCAAAUGGAGAGGCCUGCUGGUGUCCUCACUGGAGAAGGUGCUCCACCAGGUGCAUCCCAACCUGGUGUCUCAGCUCGGGGCUCUGCAGUACAUCGAGGAACUGAUCCUGCUGCUGCUCAGCACGCUGUGUCAGGCCCAGCCACGCAGCGUGCAGGACGUGGAGGAACGCGUUCAGAAGAGCUUCCCUCACCCCAUCGAUAAGUGGGCUAUCGCUGAUGCUCAGGCGGCCAUCGAGAAGAGGAAGAGGAGGAACCCUCUAGCACUUCCUGUGGAGAAGAUCCACCCCCUGCUGAGGGAGGUGCUAGGCUACAAGGUGGACCACCAGGUGUCGGUGUACCUGGUGGCCGUGCUGGAGUACAUCUCUGCGGACAUCCUGAAGCUGGCAGGAAACUACGUGAGGAACAUCCGGCACUACGAGAUCUGCCAGCAGGACAUCACUGUGGCCAUGUGUGCAGACAAGGUCCUGAUGGACAUGUUCCACCAGGACGAGGAGGACGUCAGUGUGUUUCCUCUGAUGGACGAGGAGCCGUCAGCCAAUGAGGAGCAGAGUUACUACGAUCUGGUGAGGAGCUUCCUGUCAGACGGCCGCACGUUUGAGAGGACGCUCAACCUGCUGAUCAAGGUGUUCAGAGAGCCGUUCACCUGCAGCGCCCGCCUCUACUCCCCCCACGACGUGGACAGCAUCUUCUCCAGGAUCCUGGACGUACACGAGGUCACGGUGAAGCUGCUGGGUCUCAUCGAGGACUCGAUGGAAAUGACGGACGAGGACAGCCCUCACCCCCUGGUGGGGAGCUGCUUCGAGGACCUGGCAGAGGAGCUGGCCUUCGAUCCCUACGAGUCUUACGCUCAGGACAUCCUGCGCUCCGGCUUCCACGAACACUUCCUGAGUCAGGUCUCAAAACCAGGAGCUGCCAUCCACCUGCAGACGAUCUGUGAAGGGUUUAAAGAAGCCGUUCAGUAUGUCCUGCCCAGAAUGCUGCUCACUCCUGUCUACCACUGUCUGCACCUGUUUGAGAUCCUCAAGCUCCUGGAGGAGAAGAGUGAGGAGGAGGAAGAUAAGGAGUGUCUGAAGCAGGCCAUCACUGCACUGCUGAACCUGCAGAGCAGCAUGGAGAGGAUCUGCAGCAGGAGCCUGAACAAGAGGAGGCUGAGUGAGUCUGCGUGCCGGUUCUACAGCCAUCAGAUGAAGGGGAAGCAUCUGGCCAUCAAGAAGAUGAACGAGAUCCAGAAGAACAUCGACGGUUGGGAGGGGAAAGACAUCGGUCAGUGCUGCAACGAGUUCAUUAUGGAGGGAACGCUGACCCGCGUUGGCGCCAAACACGAGCGCCACAUCUUCCUGUUCGACGGCCUGAUGAUCUGCUGCAAGUCGAACCACGGGCCACCACGGCUGCCUGGGGCCGGAUCCCCUGCCGAGUACCGGCUGAAGGAGAAGUUCUUCAUGCGCAAAGUCCAGAUUAACGACAAGGAUGACAAGGAGGGCGAGUACCGGCACGCGUUCGAGAUCAUCCUGAAGGACGGCAACAGCGUGGUGUUCUCCGCCAAGUCUGCGGAAGAGAAGAACGGCUGGAUGGCGGCACUGAUCUCGCUGCAGUACCGCAGCACUCUCGAGCGCAUGCUGGACUCAGCGCUGCUGCAGGAGGACAAGGAGGAGGCGGUGCGGCUGCCAGGCCCCGAGCUGUACCGCUUCGCCCAGCCUGACUCUGAGGAGAACGUUGUGUUCGAGGAGAACGUGCAGUCCAAGUCUGGCAUCCCCGUCGUGAAGGCCGGGACGGUACUGAAGCUCAUUGAGAGGCUGACCUUCCACAUGUAUGCCGAUCCCAACUUCGUGCGGACGUUCCUGACGACUUACCGAUCGUUUUGUAAACCUCAGGAGCUGCUGGACCUGCUCAUGGAGAGGUUUGAGAUCCCGGAGCCGAGGCCCAGCGAGGAUCACCUGGAGGGGGCGGAGCCUCCGCUCAGCGCUGAGCUCAAACGUUUCCGGAAAGAGUUCGUCCAGCCCGUGCAGCUCAGGGUUUUGAAUGUGUGUCGUCACUGGGUGGAACAUCACUUUUACGACUUUGAGAGAGACGCUCACCUGCUGCGCCGCCUCGAGGAGUUCAUCGCCUCCGUCAGAGGUAAGGCAAUGAGGAAGUGGGUGGAGUCGAUCACUAAGAUCAUCCAGAGGAAGAAGCAGGUCCAGGUGAGCGUCCCGAGUCACAGCAUCACCUUCCAGAACUCCCCGCCCCCUAUUGAGUGGCACACCUGCAAACCAGGAAACAGUGAGCAAUUCGACCUGAUGACACUGCACCCCAUCGAGAUUGCCCGGCAGCUCACCUUGCUCGAGUCCGACCUGUACAGGGCGGUGCAGCCCUCCGAACUGGUUGGCAGUGUUUGGACUAAAGAGGACAAAGAGCUUCACUCCCCCAACCUGCUGAGGAUGAUCCGACACACCACCAACCUCACCCUGUGGCUGGAGAAGUGCAUAGUGGAGACGGAGAACCUGGAGGAACGUGUUGCUGUGGUUUCGCGGAUCAUCGAGAUCCUGCAGGUGUUCCAGGAGCUCAACAACUUCAACGGAGUCCUGGAGGUGGUCAGCGCCAUGAACUCGUCCCCGGUCUACAGGCUGGAUCACACCUUCGAGCAAAUCCCGAGCCGGCAGAGGAAGAUCCUGGAGGAGGCCCACGAGCUGAGCGAAGACCACUACAAGAAGUACCUAGCCAAGCUGCGCUCCAUCAACCCCCCCUGCGUGCCCUUCUUUGGAAUCUACCUGACUAACAUCCUGAAGACGGAGGAGGGGAACCCCGACUUCCUGCGCCGCCAUGGAAAAGACCUGAUCAACUUCAGCAAGAGGAGGAAGGUGGCCGAGAUCACGGGGGAGAUCCAGCAGUACCAGAACCAGCCAUACUGCCUGAGGGGGGAGCCCGACAUCCGGAAGUUCUUCGAGAACCUGAACCCCAUGGAGGACAUGUCGGAGAAAGACUUCGCCGAUCACCUGUUCAACAAGUCCCUGGAGAUCGAACCCCGGAACGUCCGCUCGUUACCGCGGUUUGUGAAGAGGUAUUCCUGCCCUCUGAAGUCCCCGGGGAUCCGCCCCUCACCCCCACGCCCCGGAACCAUGCGACACCCGACACCACUACAGAACGAGCCGCGCAAGAUCAGCUACAGCCGUAUCCCUGACAACGAUGGGGAAGGGGGGGCUGUCUCUGCCCCCAACUCCCCCCGCACCCCCCUCAGUCCCCCCCCGGCAUCCGCAUCGAGCUGCACCGACGCAGGGAGUGUGUUCGACUCCCCGCAGGGAAGCAGCCCCUUCCACUCACGGUCCUCCUCCGUCUCCUCCAUAGUGAGCUUCAGUCGGGGGGAGGAGUCUGUCCCCCCCCCUGUUCCCCCCCGCAGACGUCCGGACUCAGCCCCCGCUGACUCCUCCCCCUCCAAGAUGAUGUCGAUCCUGGACAGCCCCCCUGCUGUGCCCCCUCGUCAGCCUACCUGUAAGCUCCUCCCCACUCGUUACUCAUCGCUGUCGUCCUCCCCCCCAGACAGCCCACCCUCCCUGCCCCCCCGGGAGCCUCUGAACUCCCCCCUACACCUCCUCCCCCCCCCACAGGGACGCCCCCGCUGUGACCUGCAGACCUUCUUCCCCCCCUCCUCCUCCUCACCUUCGAUUGGCUCUGCCUCCAUCUGCUCCUCGCCCCCACUCCCUCCUCCCACCCCGGUCACCCCAAGUCCCGCCUCCAGAAAAAUGCCCCUCCCAUCUCCGCCUCUCCCUCCCCUCCCUCUAGACGGCCCCCCCGUGCCCCCCCGACACAGCGUCCCCCAGCUUCCUCCCAAGACCUAUAAGAGGGAGUCUCUGAGCCACGCCCCCUUGCUGGACCCCGCGCUGUGAUCGGUUGGCCUGCGGUUGGGGCGGGGCUAACACUACAGCUGACUGGAUCGGAACAAACAGUGGAUGUAAAGCCGACAGGGGGUUCUGAUCCGGUCUGGACUGAGAACAGAUACUAAAGAUCAUGUGCUCUUAUUCUGAAAAACAAACUGAUAAUGUGCUCUUAUUCUGAAAAACAAACUGAUAAUGUGCUCUUAUUCUGAAAAACAAACUGAUUGUGGCCUCCAGCUGCAGAACUCUGCAGAACCUCGGAGAACAUUCGUCUGUCUGUGUUCAUGUCUGUGCGUUGAACAGGGAGGAUUGUGGGUAACGUAGUGCUGCAGCCUUCAGGUACCAACAGGUACUGAUGGACCUCUGAUUGUUCAUGAAGUACUCUUUAAAACAGCAAGGGAAUAAACGUGUUUGUACCACUGAGCCUGGAGACAACAGCAAA